GGACGGAAAGAAAGGAUAUUGAGCCAUCUAUCACAGUGUGAGCGCAACCACAUCUCCUCUGUGCAUAGACUUCCCCUUUAUUGAUGAGAAGAAGAGGGAGAGUCUGAAUUCAGCACCCAACUAGAAUCCAUUGAGAUACAAAGAGAUUCCCCGCCGAAGCCAUUGGCAGGAGGACAGGGUUGUCCAUAGCACAGACUUAGGGAUGAGGACAUGGAGCGUUCAGUGGAGACCUCAUUAGUCCCCUGCGGAAAGGACAAGUAUAUUUCCAAGAGCGACUUGCUGUCUCAUUUGAAGACUUACAAUUUGUAUUAUGAAGGACAGAACCUACAGCUGAGACACAGAGAGGAAGAAGAGGAGCUGAUUGUGGAGGGGCUGCUUAACAUUUUCUGGGGUCUCAGACGCCCCAUUCGCCUUCAGAUGCAAGAUGAUAAUGAGAGGAUUCGACCACCUCCCUCGUCCACGUCGUGGCACUCUGGGUGCAAUCUGGUUUCCCAGUGCCAAGUUGCCAAGCCAGCCACUGUCCCCGACAUUCAGAUAACAGAUACCGAUUCCGAGGAGCCUCCAUGCGCAGAAGAAGAAGAAGAUGUGAAGCCAUCGCAGGAUGAUACCCCUCAGCUGAUGCGCACCCGCAGUGAUGUUGGCGUACGGCGGCGGGGGAACCUGCGCACCCCAGGAGAGCAGAGGCGGAUCAAACGCCAUAGGUUCUCCAUCAACGGGCACUUCUACAACCACAAGACCUCCGUGUUUACCCCAGCGUAUGGCUCAAUAACCAACGUAAGGAUUAACAGCACCAUGUCCACUCCCCAGGUCCUGAAACUCCUACUCAACAAAUUUAAGAUCGAGAAUUCCCCUGAUGAGUUUGCCCUGUACUUGGUCCACACCAGUGGAGAGAAGAGGAAGCUAAAGGACACAGACUAUCCUUUGAUUGCCCGGAUUCUGCAGGGACCCUGUGAGCAGGUGUCAAAGGUUUUCCUCAUGGAUAAGGAUCAAGUAGAAGAAAUUACCUAUGAUGUGGCGCAGUAUAUAAAGUUUGAGAUGCCUGUUCUGAAUAGUUUUAUCCAAAAGCUAAAGGAGGAGGAGGACAGAGAGAUCAACAAAUUAAUGAUGAGGUACACAUCCCUGCGUAUAUUUAUUGAGCAGCGUUUACACGACAUGGCCAGCUGCCCAGCCACAAUGUAGAAUGCAUGUUUUCUAAGUCUUCUGAUACUUUGAAGUCCAGCUCCUAUGAGGCCGGAUAUCGUCCCUCCGGAAUGAGUCCUAAAGAGGACACGGGGAAAAGGAUCUGCAUCUCGAAUUAAAGCACAUUUAGCUUAAUCUCUCGUCUCUGAGAGAUGUGUUUGCACUGCAUAACGAAGCGUCCAGUAAUACAUUCCAUCCUGACACGGUAUUCUAGGGAAGACGGUCCACCCUUAGUCUGUAACAAUGGGCAUCGUCUGUUUCAUUGUGACAGCCAGUUUGGAACUAAUCCCUUUCAUUGCUUACAUUGGAACAAUGGGGCCAUAAAGCUUUGUUUAUUAGCCUUAAAGCGAUGGACGCUUUAAAAACCCGGGGUAGAAAGGUGUUUUUGUUUGUGGCACCAAAACCAACUUUUUUGGCACCAAUGAUUGUGAUUGUGGUAAAAUCCUAAAUUUCCAAGGGAAAGCACAAAACGUAAGCUUGUUUGUCAGGGGUAAAUAGGUGGGUUUGUGGGACAAGUCAAGCCAAACAGUAUUAAUCUUUCUGGAAAAACACUGGGAAAUUUAAGGAAGUAUUACCCCUUUAUAUGCACCUCUUACCCAUUCACUCACCAAUCGGCAUUGAUUAGUUUUUGCUCCUCUAUGAUAGUGAAAGGGUUAACUAUAUCCGAUGGAGGGAUAAGAUGACCAAAAACAUUUUGGUUUAUUUAGCCAAGGGCUUUAAAAAAUAUUGUCCUUUUUCUCCAUAGCUUUGGCUACUUUAUGUGUUUUUGUAACAUUGCUAUACCACAUGUGCUGAGCUUCUGAAUCCUGUGUAAUGUUUUGUGUAUUUUUUUUUUCUAACAAAUGUGAAUUUGGCAGAAGGAGAUAUUUGCCCAUUUCCCUGUGAAUAAAGCACUUUGCAGUAA